AUGAAUGUGAUUCAGACCAAAUUCUUGAAUAUUCAGGCAAUUCUAAAAUUAAUUCCGUUACUUCAAAUGAAAUUUGAUGAUGAUUUAACCAGAUUUAUUCUUGCACAACAGAUGAAAGCAAUAUCAAUAGACCGUGCUAAUGCAUUCAAUAUUAUUGAUUCAAUUGGAAAACUAUUAAAUAUCCCAAUAAUUUCUGAAGCAUGUCAAGUAAUUAGAGCUGAUGACCAAAAUCUAAAUAAUGAAAGUGAUAUUUUAAUAUUGCCAGAUAAAUUUAUGAUUCCAAAUAAUGACCAAAAUUUAGUUAAUUAUGAGGAAAGAAUUGAUGAAAAUGAUAAUUUAAGAGAACCAACAACAAAGGUGCAAAGCAUUAUUAAAAGAAAACGAGAAAUCAUCCAAAUUCUUCCUGAUGAAAUAUUAAAUCUCAGAUUUCAAUUCAGAAAUCACAACAAGUUGCACCAAGUGAUAUAA